UUUAAAUCAACGAAAAUAGACAACCGAUGAUUUAAAUGACAUUGUUCCCGUUGAAUAUUUCUGACUUAUCGGAAGAAGGGACAAGAUAAUUGAACUAAAGCUGGUUUUACAGAACCAAAGAAAUUUGAUGUCAAGACCAUCUUGGGGGUAGUUGCAGCAGCAGCAGCUGUUGCAUUUCUGGUUAUCUUUUGUUGUGCAUCUUCAUCUGGUCGACGAAUAUUACGAAACGGUAGAUUCGGUUUUCAUGAUUUCUGAUUAGUUUUCUUAACUUUAUUUUUGGGUUUACAAACUUAUAAAUGCGUUAAAAAAUACAGUGUUUGCUUUUCCGAAGAACAAGAAAGGAAAGAAUAAGGUACUGGAUCUCGAUGGAGUGAUGAUCAAUGCAGAGAGUGAUGAGAGUCAGCAUAUGCACAUAAGUCUAGAUACUAUUGUAGAUGCAACUAAUGGCUUCUCAGAUGAUAACAAAUUAGGAGAAGGAGGUUUUGGUCCUGUCUACAAGGGAAAGCUUCCUAAUGGGGAAGAUGUUGCGAUCAAGAGACUCUCAAAAAAGUCGAGUCAGGGUCUUACAGAGUUCAAGAAUGAAGUGAGUUUGAUAAUUAAACUUCAGCAUCGAAACUUGGUGAGACUUUUAGGGUACUGCUUCGAGGAAGAUGAGAAGAUUCUUAUAUAUGAGUACAUGUCUAACAAGAGCCUUGAUGUUUUUCUAUAUGACCCUCUUAAGAGUAAAGAAUUAGAUUGGAAGAAGCGCAUGAAUAUUAUUUAUGGGAUGACAAGAGGACUGCAAUAUUUACACAAGGAUUCGCGUCUUAAGAUCAUUCAUCGUGAUCUCAAGCCGGGUAAUAUACUUUUAGAUUGUGAGAUGAACCCCAAAAUCUCGGAUUUUGGGACUGCUCGAAUUUUUGGACGCCAACAGAAAGAAGAAAACACAGACAAGAUAGUUGGCACAAUCGGCUAUAUGUCUCCGGAAUAUGCAUUAGGCGGGAAAAUUUCAGAAAAAUCCGAUAUUUACAGCUUUGGAGUGUUGUUGCUGGAAAUCAUAUCGGGCAAAAAGGCAAACCGGCUGGCAUGGGAAUCAUGGUGUGAGACAAAAGGAUUGAAUAUGAUUAGCGAUGAAGAAGCAAUGCUCGACAGUUCAUUUUCGCCGGCAGAAGUGGUAAAAUGUGUUGAUAUCGCGCUUCUUUGUCUUCAAUAUCAACCAAAGGAGCGACCCACCAUUUCACAGAUAGCUGAUAUGCUAAGAAGCAACAAUGACGGCCUCUCACAUCCCAAGCAGCCAAGUUUCGUGUUACAAAACCUGUUAAAUUUGGAUCAGCACUCCGAAUAUGAAAUCAGCCAAACAACAUUAGAAGCAAGAACAUAA